GGCUCUAUAUAUUGCAACUUCCACAGUUGUUAUCCACAUAUUCAAAUGUGUAACUUGGUUUGAUGGCAAAGAUAUCGAGAACUCUUCUGUCGGCAUGGCUGCUUACGCUGCACGUUCAGCUGUGCACGGGAAGGGUGGAACCAUUGCCAUCUCUGCCGUAUGAUCUGCAAUAUUACCUGGACACGUGUCAUGGCACUGGCGACCUCAAUGACAAACCAGCUGAACUCGCCUUCUGGGGUGCGAUGCAAAUGUAUGUUUCAAAGUUUUGUGAGGAGAAUCCCUCCAUGACAACUUCGGAAAAAGCCUUCCUACAAAAGACCGUCACCACCUCCUUUGCACCAAUAAGUGCUUCCGGUCGAGGAAAACGACAAGCCACUCGCCCUCGCCUGCGUAAAGAGAUUCGCACAAUGACCAUUACUGAAAGGGCGCGUUAUUUUAACGCUCUCACUAGACUCAAGAGAGACACGAGACUACGACCAAACAUAUAUGAUGUUCUAGCUGGAUUCCAUACAGGUGCAAAUAUGCAGAGGGCCCACUUUGGCCCCGCGUUCACAGGAUGGCAUCGAUUAUACUUGUGGAUAUUAGAAUCAUUCCUACGACUUCACGACCCUGAGGUAACUGUUCCCUUCUGGGCGUCGGUGUUGGAUAACGAGAUGGAAGACCCCACUGAGUCUGUCAUAUUCAGCGGCGCUUUCUUCGGACCCGGCGUUGGGCUGCCAACAAGUGGGCCAUUUAGAGGCUGGCAACAAAUAAAUCCGGCAACUGUGUUUAAUCGAAAUGUCGGUGGCGGCCAACUUUACACUUAUGAGGGUAUUGACGCAAUUCUACGUCGGCGUCGUAACAGUGAACUCCUGUUUCCAACUGCAGAAGCCGACAGCAACUUCGAAGAGCAACAUGGUGGUCCCCAUAUCUUUGUCGGCGGGACUAUGAACGAUCUCAACGCGGCUGCUAGAGAUCCCAUUUUCUUCAGCCACCACUCGUUUGUCGAUCAGAUUUGGGAGCGAUUUCGAUACAAUCAGCGGGCAGCGGGUAUCCCGACAGAAACGGACUAUCCAUGGGUUCCGAAUGACCCCCGUUACAAUCCAGCACAAAGUCCAACCAAUAUAACGGGUUUCUUCCCAGAUGGUCAGUUGAACCUAGACUACAUUCAGAUAACAGGUUACUCAGAUGCAUUCUUUCAACUUGUGCAGUAUGAGCAGGUUCCCACGUGUCCACUCUGCGGUGGUUCACAAUAUCUUCGUUGUAACCCGACAACCAAUCGCUGUGUGUCGAGAAGCAUUGCAGAAAUGCGAACAGCGAACGUUGACAUAGAUACCUUACCUGGUCUCGAACAAGCGGCCCCGGGUCGCAAAAAACGUCUGAUCUCUUACAAGGAAAACAAUGUAUGUCAUCGAAAACCGUUCAUAAAUGACUUCAGUGUGAACCGACUGCAACUAAGUACUGCAAUUAGUGCUCGGCAAACGCAUGCGAUGGAAUAUGCUUAUGUUCCAGUAAAGAUUGUUACGAAACGCCCAUCGAACUACAAGCAUUUUUCCAUAUACUCUCUCUACGAAAAACCCAUGAAUGGGUUAGGCUUUAAACAAGAACUAGUGAACAUUGGAACAAAUAAGCCGUACAGAUCGUGUGACAAAAGUCUAGAUUCCCCCGGAAAGAUUAAGAUUGUAGCAUAUGGGAUAAACCAUGGCGCCUAUUCAGAAGAGUACGUCAUUACCGACAAUAGGCUGGCGAUAUCGGAAAGCAGUGGCGUUAUUGCAGUCAAGAUGCCGACUGGUUUAAACCCUUCGGAAGUCAUGGUUGCUGCAUUUGAUUCUUGCGGAAGGGUGUGUCGACCAUAUUGCAAAUCAGAUGCUAAUAUGGCCCAUAACAGCUACUUUACAGGCGGUGUGAGAAUUUCGGUCACUUCCCCAUUGAUAUAUGGUACCUCAUAUGGCGAAGCAUUGCUAAACGUCUGGGAUAUUCAAACUGAAAACAUGUGCCCUACGAUGGAUUACAACAAAAUACCACUGACGUUUUUCUGUGAGUACACAGAUAACUGGAUCUGGGGCGGAAGUUCUAGAACUGGUUCUGGAAGUGGUUCUACAAUAGGCGGCAAAAUAUCUGUGCGAGCUCUUCGCACAGGAAGAGGGCGUGCUGGAAGAAUAGGAGUUUCGAAUCCACGUUCGCCGAUUCGUCCGAGUCCGCUAGAUUUCCACAACCCAUUUCAAAUUCAUGGCUGAGGACUACGUUCGUUCACCGAUCUUUACGCUAGAAGUCAGCGAUUAUAAAAGCUUUUGUGUUGAAAAACAAUAUGGACAUUGUUUUGGGAUUCGUCUGAUGUAAAGGGACGAAUGUCCAUGUAAAGGCAAAUAAAUUAUAAUGUAUUCACGUUUUGUGAUGCAAUAAUGAGUUCAGCAAAUAAAUAAAAUUUUC